AUUUUCGAUUUUAGAGAAUAUUUAUUUCUGAAUAUGACCGAGUUGGUGGAAAAAUUUCGCGACAUCGAGGAGUGGACACUUGCAACGGAUAGUCGUUUAUUGAAGUGCAUCGAAUCCCUUUCUGAAGGCAUCCUGAACAAACUUGAAACUGUAAAAACAAGAGUUGAUCGUUUGGCGGACGAGACGGAACGAGUGGGAAUCUGCGUAGAAAAUGCGAGCAACUCCUUCCUGUGCCUUUCAAAUACUCAGUUCAUCGAAAACCGGGUUUACGAGGAAGACCCGUCUACUUUUGCCGUACCAGUUAUCGACAAGACGGCGAAGGAGAAAAAGGCGUCGAUGUCGCUUCAGGUAAAAUACGCAGAAGCUGUGAAAUACGGGAUGGAGGCGUUAAACACGGCCUUCGAG